AUGCUCCCUGGUCGUCCAAAUAGGUUUCGAGCAUCCAAUCCUGUUACUAGCUCGGGCGUAAAUCCCAGCCCGCGGAAUAGAACACGAUCUUCUACACACGAUAAAGCCGCCGGGCAAUCAAAAGAUACCCAUAAUCAACCAGAAAUCAAUAGUAGCAAUCCGAAUCAGGGGAACUUACAUACUACUGCACUUAAACUCAACCCGGUAGCCACUAAGGACCCUGGUGAAAACGAGAAGACCGUUACAACGAAAAGAAAGGGCGUAUUAGCAGUAACUAACCAACGAAAGGGCGGUGUUCAGGGGAGUACCAGUGUGCACCAGUCUUCACUAGAUACGAUAAGACCCCCGAAGGCGGAUACGCGUAGAUUCUCUGGACUAUCUGUUGCAUCUUCACCUGGAGUUGGGUACCAAGAGAAAGAUAACCCGGGCGUGGUGGCCCCCGUGGGAAUUAGGGAAGCCACAAUUAGCCCAAGUGAGGAAGAAUCACGCCUUAAUAUCGAGCACACAGAAAAGAAUAUCACUGUUAGGCUACCGGUACGAGGAUUCAAAGGGCUCAAAUUAAGGAUCAAAAGUACCAUGGAUUCAAAUAACGACACUGUUCCAAAUUCUUCAUCUAAUACCAGCACUCCACCAGCUCGAAAGCGUGAUGACGAAAUUUUAGCAUCGAUCAUUCGCAAUCCUCCUCGAUACACCUUUCGAAGAGAAGUUGAAAGAAUUGCACGGGUUCUAGCAUUGGUGGCUUUUUAUAGCUGCUCGUUCGAAGACUCAACCGCACCGGGAUAUUUUCUGAAGCGUCUUGCCUUGGUAUCACGGAAAUAUAGAUAUGCUUCUACCCUUGCAUUUACAAACCUGGUAAAGUUGGAAUUCCGUGGAAAGAGGACACAAAAUUGGUUCAAAAACAAAGGGAUAGACGAAAAAGUAGCAGAUGUAAGAUCCUGGUACUGGCAUCGUGUAUCUGAGAGAGCAAGUAUUAUUGAGCGGUUUAGGACAUCGUGGAUGGAAAGAGUCUGGAGAUUUCUUGUGCUGGCGUUAGAAUCAAUAAAGCCGAGCAUAGUGGGGAGUCCCAAGCCUGUGAAAUUCGGGUUGUGGUUCAACGGGAUAAAUCAACACUUAAUAGCCGAUCCUGAUUUCACCGGUCAAUUUGAAACUUCAAUAAGAUUCUGGAUCCGUCGGUUUUACGUAUGGGUAACUGGAAAUGGCGGUGGAUAUCCAUUACUACUUCAGGACCUGCGUGAUGAAAUGGUACAGGACAUCCAACCGCUCGUUGAGACCGAGAACCAAGACCUGUGGAGAGUAGAAACAAAAUGUGGGGAUAUUCAUUUUAUCGUGGGAUUAACUGGUGAGGUUAUAGGACGGGUCGAGGUGGACGAAUCUGCGGAGAGUGGUUUAAACCCGGUGCUUAGGAGGCCCAGGACCAGAAUUGGCACAAUUAUUCGUUCAAGAACCAGAGCUUCUAGACUGUACUCACAGAUAAACGAAAGAAGACGCACAAAUAUAGAUAAUGUUACCUGGAAGGAUCUUAGAGAAGAUUGGAAAGAGCAUGCUUUAACUCUGGUUUCCCCUUUAACUACUCCCGAAGAACUAAAUACCUCGUUACGAAGGCUUAUAGAGUCUGUGUACCGGCCCGAUUCUAGGACGGUUUCAAACGGAAUCCAUGAGUCGAUAAAACUUCCGCACCACCGUGCUUUGGCCGAAAGAUGGGUUCUUGCGCAGGUUGAACCUGGUGGCAUAUCGGGAAAGCCUGUUCUCGAUGCUAUUCACAGCCCCAUGCGUAGGAAGAAACAGUUAGGUCUAGAUUUGCAAGCCAAGUUAAUAGUUGAAAGCGUUAGAUGCUCUGGCGAAAAAUGGAUUUCUAGCAUGAACGGCUGUUUGGCCCAAGGUGUGGGGUUCGUACAUACACCAGGUAUGGGAUGGUUUGUCUUAGAGGAGACAGGACAGGAAGACUAUGGUAUACAAGGUCUAUGGGCUACUGUUCUUGGGGUAAAUGAGAACGGGAGUGCGUUGAGUGCGAAUGCUCUCGAGGAAUUGGCGGAAAUGUUCGUUAUGAAAGAUACGUUGGACUAUAUGUAG